UGUCCGCUUACGUAAAUCCAACUUGCUUGUAGGAGAGGCAAAACCGAUAAGCAAAGGUUUCAUUUUGCAAUGUUUGGCGUUGCCAAAGAAAAGUCCGACUCAAAAAGUCCCCUGAGUAACCAAUGAGGAUUGCAUUGGAGUAGCAUCAAGGGCAGGCUAUAAAACCACCUGAGGAGGGAGGUGACAAGAAGCAUUGGUGUAAAGUCUCUGCCUGGAAGCUGCUGUCAACUUCAGAGACACCGAAACUUGAAGACUGGCGAGGUCCGAUUAGCCAGCAGGUCUGUUCAUUCCACUGUUUCAUGUCCUAUUGUGUGGAGUCAUGCCAAACCAUAGUCGGGGGAAGGACUGACCUCUGAGCAAACGUUUUAUUCUGACCGAAGUCACCCCUCUGCGCCGCUGAAGCCACCCAUUUUUGCAUCGUUGUGCCGGCAACACCAAACCCAUGGCAAGGUUGUGCCUGCAUGAAAAGUUCAAGGAGAACACGCCUCUACGAAUCCUUUCACAACCACGGAAGAAAGUGAACGUGACUCUGGAUCCCAGCACAGCUCAUGCCAACCUCAUCCUCUCCCAGGACCUGAAGAGAGUAAGAUGGGGAUGCAGGACACAGGACCUGCCUGACAACCCUUCGCGGUUCGACUGGGAGCCCUUUGUGCUGGGCCAAGAGAGACUCGCUUCGGGAAGACACUGGUGGGAGGUGGAAGUGGAAGAGGCGACGCCACAGGCCCUGCGGGCUUCGCAAGAACCGUCCGUCAGGAGGAAAGGAGAGUCACGUCCACGUGAAAGGCAAUGGGAGGUCUGGGCCGUGGGAGCUGCCAGAGAGUCCGUCGUGAGGAAAGGAAAGGUCAAUUUCAAUCCCAACGGGGGAAUCUGGGCUCUGGGCAAGGCCCUGCCAGACUCACUGAGGACUCCAUUGUCUCCUUAUCGGCUCACGGCGUUUACAUCCUCCGAGAGGACCCUCUUGAGCUUGAGAUACGAGCCCAGGAAGAUCCGGGUGUACCUGGACUAUGAAGGCGGUCGCGUGGAUUUCUUUGACGCCAAUACAGAUGACUUGAUAUUCAAUUUCCCUACAGCCUCAUUCUCCGGGGAGAGGAUCUGUCCCUUUUUCGGGGUGUAUUGGGGAGUCAGACUGAGCUGCUGAAACAUCAAAUUCCCCAGCUCAACCCAAUGGCCCAGUGGCAAAUUAAGUUUUAAAAUAAAAUAAAAUAAAAUACUUUUUAUUAUUUUCUCAAAUACAAACACAAGAUUACAACAUACAGAAAGGAAAAAUAAUCAUCUAUUAGACAAUUCUUCUGUUUCACUUCCAUUACUAUUUACUAUAUACAUUCUAAUGUUCUGCCGAAUGUGACUUCCUCCUUUCUCCACUUUUGGUUUUCUACGCUAUCGUCUUAUACCUUGCGCUUUCUUCAUCCUAGUCUCUGUUAUUCUGUUAUUCUCUUAGUUAUAUUUACCAUUUUUGUAACCACAGACCUCUGUUACUCCUGUUGUAGGUUUUAUGUCAAUCCUGUUAAGUGUUUUUAUUGUUUUACAGUAAUCCUUUAAAUAUUCCACAAAUUUACUCCAAUCUUUUUGGAACUUCUGGUCUUUUUGCUCCCUUAUCCUUCCAGUCAUUUUAGCUAACUCUGAGUAUUCCAUCAUUUGGACCCUCCACUCUUCAACUGUUGGAAUAUCUGUUGUUUUCCAUCUUUGAGCCAUUCUAGCAGCUGUGGUGGCAUACAUGAAUAGUCUUUGGUCUUCCUUUUUAAUUUCGUUGCCCAUUGAUCCUAACAAAAAGAUUUCUGGUUUCUUGGGAAAUGUAUAUUUUAACUUUUUUAAAAAACACAUUGUAUAUUAGCUCCCAGAAUGUUUUCACUUUUUCACAUAACCACCACAUGUGAUAUAUUUCUCCAUCCUUUUGGUUACAUUUCCAACACUUUUUGUCUUUCUUUUUGUAAAUUUCUGCCAAUUUGACUGGUGUCAGGUACCAGCGGUACAUCAUUUUCAUGACUUUUUCUUUUAAUACCGUACACGCUGUAAACUUUAUAUGUUGAUUCCAGAGCUUUAGCCACAAAUCAUAGUCUAUAUCAGGCACCCCCAAACAGCAGCCCUCCAGAUAUUUUGGUCUACAACUCCCAUGAUCCCUAGCUAACAGGAUCAGUGGUUGGGGAAGAUGGGAAUUGUAGUCCAAAACAUCUGGUGGGCCGAAGUCUAGGGAUGCCUGGUCUAUAUUAUAACCAAAGUCAAUUGCCCACUUAAUCAUAACCUCCUUAGUCUCUUCAUCCUUGGUGUUCCACUCUAAUAUAAAGUUAUACAUUCUUGACAAUUUGUUUUUCCCCUCUACCAGUUCAAUUUGAAAUUCAGAUUCAGUAUUUUCAAAUCCGUUAUUUCUUUUAUCUUCAUUAAACAGAUCAUUUAUUUGGUGGAAAAUUCUGAACUGCGAGUGCUCUUUGUGACCAGCCGCACGUGAGGUAUAAAAGGGAAAUGGAUUUUUGACCCCUGCAGAUGUCAACAGCAAGACAGCUUUCCUCCAUCACUCCUCUUCCUUGCUUUGCUUAAGACCUAAGUUCUGGUGGACUCAAAAACCUUUUUUGAUUUUGCUGUCUGGUUUUAUAUGUUGCUGUAAAGCACGCUGACAAUUUUUUAUGAUACAACAGCAUAUAAAUAUAUAAAUAGCUAAAUAAAUAAAAGCUUGCUCACUAGUUUGAGACAUUUGGGUUGGCCAUAAUAAUGUUAAACUUAGAUGGCUGUAAGGAGACAGUUACCAUAUUAUGGUGAAGGAAAGAUCAGAACUCAUUUAUUUCAAGUACAGUCGUACCUUGGUUUUCGAACACUUAGUUCUCAGACAUUUUGGCUCCUGAAUGCCACAAACCCAGAAGUGAGUGUUCUGGUUUUCAAACUGUUAUGUCCUAAGCUUGGAUCUUAGAACAAUAGGCAAGUAGGAUCCUAGAAUGCAACAACUGAUGGGCUUGCAGGAGAAGACCAAUCAGGCUCCAGGAGGGAAGCAGAAUCAGCCAAUCAGAUGGGACUCAUGUAUAUAAAAGCCUGAGGUUUGGGGGGGCAUUUCAUUCACAGUUUUACAAGCUGCAAUA